AUUUCCUGCACAGUGCACAAACGGGGGGGUUACUUCCGGUUUCUACCACAGGAAGACAGACAGUUUUCAUUGAUAAAUCGCACAACAUUGGCUACUUUUCAGUUUUAGUACAUUUAUUUAUACAAUUUCUAUACAUUUGUUAAGACGCCAUGUCGGGAAUACCACCAGAUACCUGGCAGCCACCCACAGUGAGCCUGGAGACAACAAUGGGUACAAUUGCAGUGGAACUUUACUGGAGACAUGCUCCCAAAACCUGCAAAAACUUUGCUGAGUUGGCCAGGAGAGGUUACUACAACAACACCAAGUUUCAUCGUAUCAUCAAGGACUUCAUGGUGCAGGGAGGAGACCCCACAGGAACAGGUCGUGGCGGUGCCUCCAUAUUUGGCAAACAGUUUGAAGAUGAACUUCACCCUGACCUGAAAUUCACAGGUGCAGGGAUCCUAGCGAUGGCCAAUGCAGGACCAGACACCAACGGAAGCCAGUUCUUCCUGACCCUGGGGCCUACUCAGUGGUUGGAUGGGAAGCACAGUAUCUUUGGGAGGGUAUGCCAAGGUAUGGCAGUGGUCAACCGCGUUGGCAUGGUGGAAACAAACACACAAGACCGACCUGCCGAUGACAUAAAAAUCCUCAGGACGACUGUACCCAACUGAGACGCAUUCAUACAACCAAGGGCUACUUUUUUAUUUGUACAGUAAUUUUGUCAUGAUUUAAAAAUAAAAAUGCCUUUAAUUUU